AGUAUUGUUAUAGAGCUUUAUAUUUACCCAUGGCUGCUAUAGGAAUUGAUUUGGGAACUACAAAUUCUUGUGUCGCUGUUUACCGGAACAAGCGAGUCGAAAUCAUAGCAAAUGAUCAAGGAAAGCGAAUAACACCUUCAUGGGUUUCAUUUACGGAUACACAGAGAUUGAUUGGGGAGGCAGCAAAAGACGAAGCAAUAUUGAAUUGCGAAAAUACUCUAUUCCAUAUCAAACGAUUAAUCGGCAAAAAGUUUAAUGAUUUGACCGUUCAGGAAGAUAUGAAACUGUGGGGGUUUAAAGUCGUCAAUGACGGUGGCAGCCCAAAAGUGCAGGUAACAUACAAUAAAGAAACUAGAACGUUUUAUCCCGAGGAAAUUAGCGCCCUGGUUCUGACAGAAUUAAAGGAAGCAGCUGAGGCAUUUAUGGGCGAGAAAAUCACUGACGCUGUCAUCACUGUCCCAGCCCACUUUAACGAUGAUCAACGUACAGCCACUAGAGAUGCAGCAAGAAUUGCUGGUUUGAAUGUGCAAUCAAUGAUCACUGAACCGACAGCAGCUGCAAUUGCAUACGGUCUGGAAAGCAAAACCAAUGACGCACGAAAUGUUUUAAUAUUUGAUCUUGGUGGGGGAACAUUCGAUGUAACUAUCGCAACAAUCGCAGAACAAAUAUUUGAUGUCAAAGCAACUGGUGGGAACUCUCAUUUAGGCGGUGAAGAUUUUGACAAUCGUAUGGUUAAACACUUCAUUGAAGAGUUCAGCAAAAAACACGGGUUUGACAUGACGAAUAACAAACGAGCUGUUAGUCGUAUGAAAGUUGCGUGUGAAGCUGCCAAACGAAGACUUUCUGUUUCUACCAAUGCAAAAGUCCAGAUUGACGCCCUUUUCAAGGGCCUGGAUUUUCAAAGCAGUAUAACUCGAGCCCAAUUCGAAGCCAUGAAUGUCGAACUAUUUGAAAGCACUCUCAUGGCCGUGAAAAAUGUUCUUUUAGAAGCAGAAAUGAAUAAAAAUGAGAUUGAUGAUAUCGUUCUUGUAGGGGGAUCCACUCGGAUUGUCAAAAUCCAAAAACUUUUGCAUGACUUCUUCACUGGAAAAGAGAUGUACAAAACAAUAAAUCCAGAUGAAGCUAUUGCAUAUGGUGCUGCAGCAUUAGCAAAUGAAAUUAGAAAUGGAGAAUCUAACAUGAUUUGUUAUCUUUGCGCAAGCUAGUUUCAGUGCAUUGUAACGUCACAUGGAUUUAUAAUAAAUCGGACUCUGGUAUAGGAUUUGCAACGCUAAGAGAUUGGCAUUGUUAGCUCGUAC